UGUCGGCGGCGGCGGCGGCGAUGGGCGUGUGUUGGGGGCCCGUGUUGCGGGUGCUGGUGCUGCAGGCGGCCUGGGCGCUGGGCGGCGGUCAGGUGCGGUACUCGGUGCCGGAGGAAGCCAAGGCCGGGACGGUGGUGGGGCGGCUGGCGCAGGACCUGGGCCUGGAGGCGGGCGAGCCGGAGGCGCGUCGGCUGCGUCUGGUGGCGCAGGGCCGUCGGGCGAGCGUGGAGGUGAGCGGGGCGAGCGGGGCGCUGGUGGUGAGCUCGCGGCUGGACCGGGAGGAGCUGUGCGGGAAGAGCGCGCCGUGCGCCCUGCGCCUGGAGGUGCUGGUGGAGCGGCCGCUGCGCGUCUUCCACGUGGAGCUGGAGGUCACGGACAUCAACGACAACGCCCCGCUCUUCCCCGCCGCACGCAAAAACCUCAGUUUACCGGAGAACUCUCCUCCCGGGUCUCGGUUCCCGCUGGAGGGCGCGUCGGAUGCGGAUAUCGGAGCCAACGCGCAGCUCUCCUAUACACUCAGCCCCAGCGAGCAUUUCGGUUUGGAAAUGAAAUCUAAAGACGAAAAGAAGAUGUUACUAGUCCUCUUGUUAACGAAAGCUCUGGACCGCGAGACGAUGGCUGUGCACCGUUUGGUGGUGACGGCGAGUGACGGGGGCCGUCCGGCGCUGACGGGCACGGUGGAGCUGGUGAUCUCGGUGCUGGAUGCGAACGACAACGCGCCCCAGUUCAACCAGUCGGUGUAUAAAGUGCAGCUGCCGGAAAAUGCUGCCCCGGGAACUGUGUUACUCCAGCUAACAGCGUCAGACAAAGAUGAGGGAAUUAAUCGAGAGAUAGAUUAUUUCUUUAGCAACAUGAUUUCUACCAAAGUCCAGGACUUGUUCAUAAUGGACAGAAAAUCGGGGGAGAUACGCACUGCCGGUGAAUUGGAUUUCGAGGACGUUCAGUCGUACGACCUGGAGAUCGAAGCGAGAGACAAAGGGACGCCCCCUUUGUCCGGUCACAGCAGCGUGGAGCUGGAGGUGCUGGACGUGAACGACAACGCGCCGGAGGUGUGGGUGACGUCGCUGUCGGUGCCGGUGCCGGAGGACGCGGCGGCGGGGACGGUGGUGGCGCUGCUGAGCGUGUCGGACCGGGACUCGGGGGCGAACGGGCGGGUGCGCUGCGCGGUGUGGCCGGCGUCGCCGUUCGGGCUGGUGGCGACGUUCGCGGGCUCGUACUCGCUGGUGCUGCGGGAGGCGCUGGACCGGGAGCGGGUGUCGGAGUACGAGGUGGAGGUGCGGGCGGAGGACGGCGGGUCGCCGCCGCUGCGCGCCAGCCGCGGGGUGCGUGUGCCGGUGUCGGACGUGAACGACAACGCGCCGUCGUUCGCGCAGGCCGUGUACACGGUGCUGGCGCGGGAGAACAACGCGGCGGGCGCGGAGCUGGCGCGGCUGUGGGCGCGGGACCCGGACGAGGCGGGCAACGGUCGCGUGAGCUACUCGGUGGCGGAGGGCGUCGUCGGGGGCGCGUCGUCGGGCGUGGCGCGGCGGCCGGCGUCGAGCUACGUGUCGGUGGACGCGGAGAGCGGGCGGCUGUGGGCGCUGCAGCCGUUGGACUACGAGGAGCUGCAGGUGCUGCAGUUCGAGGUGCGGGCGGUGGACGCGGGGGAGCCGCCGCUGUGCGGCAACGCCACGGUGCAGCUCUUCGUGGUGGACGAGAACGACAACGCGCCGGCGCUGCUGCCGCUUGCGGGCGGCGGUCCGGGCGUGGGGGCGCCGGUCUCGGCGGCGUCGGGGCCGGUCUCGGGGGCGCUGUGGGCGUGGGCGGCGUGGGGGGCGCCGGCGGGGCAGGUGGUGGCGAAGAUCCGCGCGGUGGACGCGGACUCGGGCUACAACGCGUGGCUGCGCUACGAGCUGUGGGAGCCGCGGGGGAAGGGCCCGUUCCGCGUGGGGCUGUACAGCGGCGAGGUGAGCACGGCGCGGGCGCUGGAGGAGGCGGACGGCCCGCGGCAGCGGCUGGUGAUCGUGGUGCGGGACCACGGGGAGCCGGCGCGCUCGGCCACGGCCACGCUGAGCGUGUCGCUGGUGGAGGGCGCCGAGGCGGCGCUGGCGGCCGCGGGCUCGUCGUCGUCGUCGGGGGCGGGGCUGCGGCCGGCGGAGGGCGGCGCGUCGUCGGCGUCGGCGACGAACGUGUGGCUGGUGGUGGCCAUCUGCGCGGUGUCGAGCCUGUUCCUGCUGGCGGUGGUGCUGUACGGGGCGUCGCGGUGGGCGCCGCGGGCGGCCGUGCUGUCGGGGCCCGGGCCGGCGACGCUGGUGUGCGCCAGCGAAGUGGGGAGCUGGUCGUACUCGCAGCGCCAGAGCCGGAGCCUGUGCGUGGCGGACGGCGCGGGCAAGAGCGACCUGAUGGUUUUCAGCCCCAACUUCCCGCCGCCGCCGCCCGGCCCCGCGGCGAAGGAGACGCAGCCGGAGCCGCCCGCUCUGCUGGACACGGUCAGUGGCCCUCUUCCUCGUCCUUUCCUCGGCCCUUCCUCGCCCGACGCCCCCUUCUCGGCCGCGCCCUGGGCAGGCGGUGGUGGGAGCCGGGCUCGGCCCCCGUGGGCGCGGGCGGUGGGUGCUUGGCGGGUGCUUAAGGAUCUGAAUGGCGCCUUUGCAUCUGCCUUCGCGUCCUUGCCGGGGCCGCCCUGCUCUUGCUUUGGUGAAAAAAGCACGAAAGGUAUUGCCGCAGCCAGCAGCAGUUACCGUCCGCAGCGGAGGUUUGCUGCUCUGGCUGUUGUGGAUUGA